AUGCUCCACGAGAUCCUCCUCUCCCUCUCCGGCCAACCCUCGCCCCUGUUCAAUGCCCACAAAGGGGAAGAGAAUGAAGUUGAAGAUGAUUUCGCCCUUCUCUCACCUCCGGAAAAAGCUCUCCUCGCCUCCGUUGGCCAUCUGAGCCGAGUGCACGCGCAGCUACGAAAACGAGCCACCGAAACGUCUUCUACGAAUCCUUCGGUCAUAUGCCGCUCGGUUUCUACGGCGAUCCUAGGGGCACACCUAGGGGAAUUCCAAAAGAAAAUUUUGGAAGUAGAGCGGGCGAUCCUUGCUGAAGACAGUGGGUAUGUCGGGGGCUAUGGUAUCGUUCCGCUGUCGACUAUCGUGGGGGAAUUUGGACCAUGGACGCGGCGCAUGGAUUGGCUCUGGGGGAUAAUACGAUUUAUUCAGCCUGAGCAACGAAGCAGCGAACGCUCGCGUGGAGCCUCGGGGGCAGCGCUUAUCGAUCAUCUACGGGUUGAAGCUCAAACGGGAUAUCUUGAUAUCAAAGAGAUGGCACUGAGCCUCGCAAAAGCCGCUGAAACCGCAUGGAUGAAGCAGCUAUCGAUGUGGCUCCUCUAUGGGAAACUUCCAAUGUAUGGCAAAGAGGACUUCUUCAUUCAGGAAGACCUUGGUAAUACGGACGAAGAGACUCAAUUCAGCAUGCAUUCGAAAUUUCUCCCAAAAUUUGUGACAUUGCAGACCGCAAGCUCCAUACUCUUCAUAGGCAAGUCGCUCAACCACAUAAGGGCAAAAAGGAAGACUUCGAUCGCAGGAGCCUCGACUGCCCCGGUGACUCUGUACCAGGAGCACAUACAGCAACUUGCAAGCCUGCAAUCUCCAAUGUCAGCUUCGAAGCUGACUGCUGCUAUUGACUGCAUUCGCCUAUCACUCUCUCAAUCGACUUUAUCCAAAUUAUUACCGCUUCCCAAGAUCCUCGAAAUCCUCGCUUUGCUUCACAACUUCUUACUGUUGAGACGAGGCGAGUUUGCAGUGGCUCUAGUGGUACAUGCCGACUCUCGAGUGAAUGAGAGUCGAUCGCGCGGCCCAAUAAUGGGCACUGGAGCUGAUGGAAAACUUGAAGGCCUCACCAUCAAGGAAGGAGAUGUCACAGCUGCCUUGACCCAAACAUGGGCAGAACUUUCUUCGCUGCAAAAAGAAGAAGACCCUACAGAUGAAGAGCUCGAACUUGCCCGAGCCCUUAUCUUUCUCUCUGUCAGCAAUGGGAAAGUCGGGCGACCUAUGACCCCUGCCCAAAAUCCCGGCCUCAUAUCAGAUAUCUCGAGCGUUUCGUUCGAAGAUCUCCUCUUCCCAAUACCAACAUCACUUAAUGCGCAAAUCCGCGCUCCUCUGGAUCUAUUCAUAUCCGGCUCCGACAUCACUAUAUAUUCGAAAAUCCACUCCUACCUAUUGGGCAUAAGGCGGGCUCAGAUCAGGCUUGGUGAUCUUUGGAAACGCACUCCACUGCGCAGAACGCACCCUACUCCUUGGGGACCACCGAAAAGCAAUAGUCCCUUCGGACAGGCUAGGCUCAAAGCAGGCAGAGAGAGAGAAAAUGCUCGCGUCCGUCAAAUGCGUCCUGUGUGGGCUUCAGGCAGCGCUUGUUUAUUUGUACUGUCGGAGAUUGGCGGAUUUUUCCAAGGUGAUGUGGUUAAUGAGUCGUGGCAACACCUUCAGCAAUGGAUUGAGGGACACUCCUCUGCGCCAUCUGCGCCAAGUUCCCGACCUGGAACUUCCUCAUCUUCUAAACAGCAAAUGAAUUCGGCCACUAAAGACUCCUUCGAAAGUGGCCAAGAAACGAUGGGGCGUCACGAUCCGGAGGCCCUGACUGUCGCUCACCGCCGACACUUGUCAUCCCUCGUACAUUCUCUUCUUCUCAGCGAGAUCCCAUUCACCAAAACACUCAGAAGCCUUCUCGCCAAUGUUGACCGCUUUGCCGCACUCGUGAUCCGACUGGAGACUAUUCAACGCAACAUGGACCUUGAGGCAGACGAAGGUGUUGAGGAUGCCUUAGUAGACUAUGUCUCAGAAGAACGCGAGGUGUGGGAAGAAUUAAGCGUCACUCGAAACAGUGUCGACACUGGCAUUAAGAACCUUGUCACCAGCCUUAGGGACAUUGACGAUGGUCGCUCAGGAGAUGGCAGGGGGCAAGUGGACCUGACACCAAACUUUGGUCAAAUGUGGACUGGGUCCCGGAACGAACACAACAUUCCAGGAUUUCAACACUAUGUGCCUCUCAAACCGGCGGGCGUGGAUCGCUUGCUUAUGAAAUUGGACUUCGGCAACCUUUGA